AUGAGCGGGGCGGGGGGCGCGGGCCAGGCGCUGGCCGCGCUGCUGCUGGCCGCGUCCGUGUUGAGCGCCGCACUGCUGGCCCCCGGCGGCUCCCCGACGCCAGACUUAGGAAAAAAAAGGCGCUUAGAGCUGAAGAUGGACCAGGUUUUGCUGCUCAUCCAUAAUGAACUGCCUGGGACAAACUUUACCGUCUACUGGAAUUUCGAUCGCUGUUAUCAUUGCCUGCUCCAGGUCCUGGUCGACGUCUCCCAGAGCAGGAAACCCAGGGAGCUCAGCGUUGAGGCCGUGGCUGUGAGCACCCAGCACGGAUCCAUCCUGCAGCUUAAUGACACCACGGAGGAGAAGCAAGUCUGUAGGCUGGAAUACAAAUCUGGAAAAUUUGGAAACUAUUCUCUCUUGGUAAAGCACACCCAUGAUGGAGUCAAUGGAAUUGCGUGUGACCUGGUCGUUAACGAGAAGCCAGUUGACAGUAACCUUCCCUGUUUUCGGCCUGGGAUCCAAGAGAAUCACAGAUUUGCAUUCACUAACAAGAUGGUGGACCUUCACUUCCAGCUUUGGACACAGCCAGCAUGGAACAGAAGUAGUUUUCAUUUUAAUGAACUGCAUCUGAAACAGCGACCCUAACAAAAUCUGGGACGCAGGUUUACCAAAUUCCAGAUUUACUGCCUUCAAGUCCC